AAAGACCACAUGGUCUCACUAAGGUUUCUCAGACCAAAGCAGAUUCAAGGAACAUGCUUCAAAAACUCCCUAUUCUCUCGUUUCACCCUCUCAAACUUACAACUAUGAACUGAAUACCCUUAUUACACAUCAUUUUUUCAAACUUGAUUCUAAUUUCCCAGGUUUUCCCUUCACAAUUUCUUCCUCGCCUUCUCUUAAAAAUGUCAACUUUCCCCAAUACGCUCUCCGAUGGCCGCAGGUCCGGCAAGGCACCGGACAAGUCCAAUUUUUCUCAGACCUGUAGCCUCUUGAGCCAGUUCUUGAAGGAAAAACGUGGUUCUGGAGAUUCCACCCUUGGAAUUGCUGGAAAAAUGGAACCUAGAGCGGGUACCAAGGAUUUGUUAACCAACCUGCAAAACUCAGAAGGGGCUUUGAGACUAAGUGCUUCUGCUAUGGAGUUUCUUCCCCAGCUUGUGGAAAAUCCCUGCAUUAAGAAGUCUAACGUUAGGUCACCAGGACCUGAAUCUCCCCAAUUGACAAUAUUCUAUGCCGGGAAAAUGUUAGUGUUUGAUGCUUUUUCGCCUGAGAAGGCCACGGAGGUCAUGGAGUUGGCCACCAAGUUAGCCUCUGACAGUUCCGGCACCGAAGAAACUCCACCUAGUGCUCCGGUUACUACUGAAAAAUUGACCGUGUCCAAAGUGUCUCAGACAAAUUCUGCCUCAGAAACUCCUAGAUCAGGAAACCAAGCUGUUGGUUCAGAUAUGAGGUAUCCAAGGAGAGCUUCACUUGUAAAAUUUCUUGAGAAGCGGAAAGAAAGGAGGGUGAAUGCUAGAGGGCCAUACCAAAUUAACAACCACAAACCUGAGGGAAGCGGUUCAGGAGGUGAACCUAAAGAUCAGUGUUCCAAACACUUUGACCUUAACUUGUAGUGGUUUAGCUCAUUAUGAAUUUAGGAUACACAGGCUCUGCCAAGCCAAAAGCUCCUAACUAUAUGAUUGUAGGCCCUUUGCAGAUUGCUGUGGCCUUCAUACGUAUUUAUAUAUAAUAUAUAUAUUUGUAUGUAUUAUUAUUUCAUCAAUUAGGUCCACCAAACCAGAGAUAAAAUAGUCUUAUUACCAAGAUUUAUUAGUUUCAGAAAAUUUCAAGUACUUUGUGUGGAUUAUUUUAUCUUUUUUAGUGAAUACAAGUCUUUUACACGUGAUCCUGAUUUAUUUCCUUCAUUCAUGAUAAUCGGAUCUCAUAGCAUCGCAAUAUUAUAAGCAUACAUAUUUUCUGAGAUUUUU